UGCCGGCCCAGCCAUCCAUGGAGAAGAGGAGAGGGAGAAGCCACCCUCCAAUUCUCGCUUUUCGUCGAAAGAGAUGGAUUGACGGACCGGAUAUGUGACCAAGAAAUUUCUAGAGAGAGAAACGGCAUGUCCUGUCCUGUGCACGGGGACUUGUUCAGAGUCCGUCGUCGUGGAGACGGAGACGGAGGGGGAGCGAGAUGUGUGGAAGCAGAUGAAUCCAGACUCUGGAGGCAAGCAGCCGGGGGGAAAGGAGAGACAGCGCCCCACUACUCCCGUCCAUUUGCCAUUACCCACCACCACCUCCUCUACCGCCACCACCGCUAGAGUCUAGAGAGAGAAACAAGAUAGAGAGAGAAGCUCGAGUUGUUGCCUUGCUGGUGUUCUCCCCAUUGCGUGCCUGCUCCCUCGCUCCUGUUCUCAUCCUCACCAUGGGCCUUUUCGGCACUACCACCACCUCAUGGGUCACAGCACAGCACAGCAGUCCCCUCCGCUCCCCUUCACACGGCGCAGCCAGGCAGCAGCAGCAAGAGAGAGAGAGAGAAACUUCCACCCGCGCCUCCUCUUCUUCCCCUCCAACCUUUAUUAUUAUCUCCUCGGUCCCGGCUCCUCUCGCUUUCUCUCCCCUCUCCACAACCCGCCGGCUUUCUUGGGCUGUUUCCAGGUGAGGCCACACGGCCAUGACCAAGUCUAACAAGGUGGUCUUGGCCCAGCCGGCGGCGACGGCGCCGAGGCUGCUGCCUCGUGCGCCUGGACCCGUCCGUGGUGCUGCUGGCGGCAGCGGAGAAUCGCACAGGGCGAGGCUCAGGUACCAGAGUCUCCUCCAGGACUACAAGGACCUCCUCAAGGAAACUGCGGCGAAGAAGAACAGAUUGCAUAUGGAGAAGCUCAAGAAGCAGAGGCUUUUGGCUGAAGUCAAGUUUUUGCGUAGAAAGCACAAAUCCAUGUCCGAAAAUCCGUCCCAGACAGUUGUUUACAAAGUGAAGAACCCUGCAAUGGGAAGACCUCCAUCCCGGACCACCGUGUGGGAUGAUCGCCAGCGGUUGGUUCAGGCUGUUGGGAGUUCCAGCAGAGCCCCGCCCGCGCAGCAGCAGCAAUGGCAUCAUCCUGCUCCGCGGCCGCGAGCAUCUCCCGUGGUGAUCGACCUCAACGAGGCUUGUGAGCUGAGUUCCGAUGACACGACGGAGGAAUUUCAUGGUUACCAGCGGUCUGUUGCGGCCGGUCCUAGCGACGCCAAGGCUCCAGCGCCAUUCUGGGAUGUCCGGAACCCGGCGGCGCGAGCGGGGAAGAGGAAGAUCUCGUGGCAGGAUCAGCUGGCUCUUAGAGUAUAGGUUUGAUAGAUAAACUGUAUCAACCAACUGUGGUUUUAGCAGAAGUUUGUGCCUCAUCUCUGGUCCUCGACCUGUAAAAGUAAUCCUUCGAGGCAUCGGUGGGUGUGUAUUUUGCUUCCUGGCGCAUGAUGAAAAUUUGAAAACCGUAACUAAGUAUAGCCUGGCCCUCGUUUACUCUAGCGUCGGUGCCAUUUUAGCAGCCUGGUUACCGGUUCUUAUGAGCGAGUUCUAAUGAAAUUCCAGUGAGGCGGGUCUUGAAGGAGCAGCUGGUUUUAGGGCUGUAAAAUUGUGCUUAAAUAAGAGAAGAACCUGGUCUGUUACCUAAAAGUAUUCUCUUUUUUGUUCU